AUGACCAGCUCUUACCUCCCAGCUUCCUUGACAGGAAUCCUCUCCUGGCCCGUCCGCCGAGAGAAUGCCCCUGAGUCCAAGAGCGACCGGAUCCUCACCAUGGGUAUUGGCGGCGGCAUCAUUCUUCUCUUUAUCGUACCGCCUACCUGGUAUUUCAUCGCCAGGACCAUUCGGCUUCGAAGGGCUAGGCUUAAGGGUAAAGAUGUUGAGCAGGGCGUGCAGACUCAGAGACACAUAUUCACAACAGUAUAUAACUACUCACAUCUCCCAUCACUUACCCUCAUCAUUCAUCAGCACACCAUCACAAUGGCCAACUCACUCUCAGUUUCCCUCUCCCUCAUCCGCCGCAAGGAGGGCGAAGAACUUCCCGAGGACACAAUCACCUACAUCAUUCUUGGCAUCUGCUUUGGCGGUGGUCUAUGUAUCAUGCUCAUCUGGUGCAUUGUGCUAUAUUGUCGGAAGAGAAGAGUCAAUGAUAUCGAGCAAGGCCAUGAACUGUCGACUGUUGAGGCUGCUCCUCGCUGA